CUCGCGAUACCCGACGCCCGACUUGUGCGCCCGGGAAACCCCGUUGCUCCCUUUCCCCUGGCUGGCAGCGCGGAGGCCGCACGAUGCCUGGAGUUACUGUAAAAGACGUGAACCAGCAGGAGUUCGUCAGAGCUCUGGCAGCCUUCCUCAAAAAGUCUGGGAAGCUGAAAGUCCCUGAAUGGGUGGACACUGUCAAGCUGGCCAAGCAUAAAGAGCUUGCUCCCUACGAUGAGAACUGGUUCUACACACGAGCUGCUUCCACAGCACGGCACCUGUACCUCCGGGGUGGCGCUGGAGUCGGCUCCAUGACCAAGAUCUACGGAGGACGUCAGAGAAAUGGGGUCAUGCCCAGCCACUUUAGCAGAGGCUCCAAGAGCGUGGCCCGCAGGGUCCUCCAAGCCCUAGAGGGGCUGAAAAUGGUGGAAAAGGACCAAGAUGGGGGACGCAAACUGACACCUCAGGGACAGAGAGAUCUGGACAGAAUCGCCGGACAGGUGGCAGCUGCCAACAAGAAGCAUUAGAACAAAUGCUGGGUUAAUAAAUUGCCUCAUUCGUAA